CAAGCCAGCAUAGAUGAAGCAGUCACUCACUCUGCUCACAGACUGGCUUUCAGGUCUUCCCUCUUAUUGUUUUGUCUGAUCGAACGCUUGCAGCUGAUUUGCAAAAAAGAAAAGGAUCAGGAAUAAGAUAAUAAAAAGCAGAAGAAUAAAAGGAGGCUGGCUACUUUUGCAUUCAAGAUCUGCGUACAUCAGAGAAAAAAAAAAAAAAGCCUUGAAAAGUGUGUUGUUUUCCACUCGUGCAUGCUCAAAUCGGCAGAGUAUAUCAGAGCUGUGAAGCGGUCACAGCUUUUAGUUUGUGUGUGAGCACCAUUUGCAGAAGAAGGCAAUGCUUUUACGAAGGAGAACCCUCUUAAGUGAUAUUUCCUUCAGGCUUAUCAUUAUUUUACUAUGCUUACGGGUAAAGGUGUCUAUAGCAUCAGGGCAGUUCGAGUUGGAAAUCUUAUCUAUGCAGAACCCCAAUGGAGAGGUGCAGAAUGGGAAUUGCUGCGAUGGAACCCGAAACUCUGUAGACAGAAAAUGCACCAGGGAUGAGUGUGAUACUUACUUUAAAGUUUGCUUAAAGGAGUACCAGUCCAGGGUGUCUGCUGGCGGGCCCUGUAGCUUCGGCUCCGGAUCUACUCCUGUCAUAGGAGGGAAUUCCUUCAACUUAAAAUACAACAGGAAUAAUGAAAAGAACAGGAUUGUGCUCCCUUUUAGUUUUGCUUGGCCGAGAUCUUACACUUUGGUUAUUGAAGUUUGGGAUUACAACAAUGACACAAAUGAUGCUGAUGAUAUCAUAGACAAAGCCCUACACUCAGGAAUGAUUAACCCUAGUCGACAAUGGCAGAUUCUAAAGCAGAAUGCCGGCAUGUCACACUUUGAGUACCAGAUACGGGUAAUUUGUGACGAGCAUUAUUAUGGCUUUGGAUGCAACAAAUUUUGUCGUCCAAGAGAUGACUUCUUCGGUCACUAUACUUGCGAUCAGAAUGGCAACAAAACAUGUUUGGAAGGCUGGAUGGGACCCGAAUGUAAUAAAGCAAUAUGUCGUCAAGGCUGCAGCCCAAAACAUGGUACCUGCAAGAUGCCAGGAGAGUGCAGAUGUCAGUAUGGAUGGCAAGGCCUGUACUGUGAUAAAUGCAUUCCCCAUCCAGGAUGCGUCCAUGGCACUUGCGUUGAACCAUGGCAGUGCUUGUGUGAAACAAACUGGGGCGGGCAGCUCUGUGACAAAGAUCUUAAUUAUUGUGGUACAUAUCAACCCUGUCUGAAUGGAGGCACUUGUAGCAACACGGGACCUGACAAGUAUCAGUGCUCCUGCCCUGAGGGUUAUUCUGGACAGAACUGUCAAAUCGCUGAACACGCCUGCCUUUCUGAUCCCUGCCACAAUGGGGGAAGUUGCUUGGAAACAUCUGGGGGCUUUGAAUGUCACUGUGCUCCAGGCUGGACUGGCCCAACGUGCAUCAUUAACAUAGAUGAUUGUUCUCCAAACCCGUGCAGGCAUGGCGGUACCUGCCAGGACCUAGUUGAUGGUUUCAGAUGUAUUUGUCCUUCUCAGUGGACGGGCAAAACAUGUCAAAUAGAUGCAAAUGAAUGCGAAGCUAAACCUUGUGUGAACGCAAACUCUUGCAGAAAUCUGAUUGGCAGCUACUAUUGUGACUGCCUUUUAGGCUGGACGGGUCAGAACUGUGAUAUCAACAUUGAUGAUUGCUUUGGCCAGUGUCAGAAUGGAGGAUCGUGUAUGGACUUGGUUAAUGGCUAUCACUGUACCUGUUCACCGGGAUAUACAGGAGAUCACUGUGAAAAAGACAUCAAUGAAUGUGCUAGCAACCCUUGCUUGAACGGAGGUCACUGCCAGGAUGAAAUCAAUGGAUUCCAAUGUCUGUGUCCUACUGGUUUCUCUGGAAACCUCUGUCAGUUUGACAUAGAUUAUUGUGAACCCAACCCUUGCCAGAAUGGAGCUCAAUGCUUUAAUCGUGCCACAAAUUACUUCUGUAACUGCUCUGAAGACUACGAAGGGAAAAACUGUUCACACUUAAAAGAUCACUGUCGCACUACUCCCUGUGAAGUGAUUGACAGCUGUACAGUUGCAGUGGCUUCAAACAAUACACCAGAAGGAGUACGAUUAAUCUCCUCAAAUGUGUGUGGCCCCCAUGGAAAGUGCAGGAGCCAGCCUGGGGGCAAGUUUACCUGCGAGUGCAGCCAAGGCUUCACUGGAACAUACUGUCAUGAAAAUAUCAAUGACUGUGAGAGUAACCCAUGUAAGAAUGGUGGAACAUGUAUUGAUGGGGUGAAUUCCUAUCAGUGUAUUUGUAGUGAUGGAUGGGAAGGGACAUACUGUGAAACAAACAUCAAUGACUGCAGUAAAAAUCCUUGCCACAAUGGUGGAACUUGUCGAGACCUGGUUAAAGAUUUUUACUGUGAAUGCAAGAACGAGUGGAAAGGAAAAACUUGCAACUCGCGAGACAGCCAGUGUGAUGAAGCCACAUGCAACAAUGGAGGGACAUGCUAUGACGAAGGAGAUUCAUUCAAAUGCAUUUGUACAGCUGAAUGGGAAGGAACUACAUGUAAUAUUGCAAGAAACAGCAGCUGUUUGCCAAAUCCCUGCUACAACGGUGGAACUUGCAUAGUCAGUGGGGACUCUUUCACUUGUGUUUGCAAAGAAGGCUGGGAAGGUCCGACAUGCUCUCAGAAUACGAAUGACUGCAAUCCUCACCCAUGUUACAAUAGUGGAACAUGUGUGGAUGGAGACAAUUGGUAUCGCUGUGAAUGUGCAGCCGGUUUUGCCGGCCCUGACUGCAGGAUAAAUAUCAAUGAGUGCCAGUCUUCUCCUUGUGCUCUUGGAGCUACAUGUGUGGAUGAAAUUAAUGAUUACCGCUGCAUCUGCCCACCUGGACGCAGUGGUCCAAAAUGUCAAGAAGUUUCAGGAAGGCCUUGUAUAACUAAUGGCCAUGUGAUGCCAGACGGAUCUAAGUGGGAUGAUGACUGCAAUGUCUGUCUGUGUGUAAAUGGAAAAGUCACUUGUUCAAAGGUGUGGUGUGGCCCUCAGCGUUGUGACUUACACAGUAAGAGUACCAGUGAGUGUCCUGCUGGCCAGUCUUGUGUGCCUAUUAAGGAUAACCACUGCUUUGUCCCUCCGUGCAUUGGAGCCGGUGAAUGCUGGCCCUCAAAUCAGCCGCCGGUGAAAACCAAAUGUAACGCCAACUCCAGCUAUCAAGACAGCAGCUGUGCGAACAUCACAUUUACCUUCAAAAAAGAGAUGAUGUCACCAGGCCUGACGACAGAAAGUAUUUGCAACAAACUGAGGAAUCUUAACAUUCUGAAGAAUGUUUCAGCUGAAUAUUCCAUCUACAUUACCUGCGAACUAUCCCCGUUUGCAGACAAUGAAAUCCAUGUUGCUAUAUCUGCUGAUGAGAGCAGAGAUGGUAGAAACCCUGUUAAGGACAUUACAGACCGAAUCAUUGAUCUGGUUAGCAAGCGAGAUGCAAACAACACUUUCAUUGCAUCGGUGGCAGAAGUCAGAGUGCAAAGACGACCUACGAAAAAUAGGACUGAUUUUCUGGUGCCAUUAUUGAGCUCCGUUCUCACCCUGGCUUGGAUUUGUUGCCUGGUAACCGUUUUUUAUUGGUGUAUUUGUAAGCGCAGAAAGCACAGUAACCACAGUCACACGGCAUCGGAAGACAACACCACCAACAAUGUUAGGGAGCAGCUGAACCAGAUAAAAAAUCCUAUUGAAAAACAUGGAGCAAAUGGCGUUCCUAUUAAAGACUACGAAAACAAAAAUUCCAAAAUUGCAAAAAUCAGGACACAUAAUUCUGAAGUUGAAGAAGACGAUAUGGAUAAGCACCAGCAGAAAACCAGAUUUGUAAAGCAACCCGUUUAUACUCUGGUAGACAGAGAUGAAAAGCCACCCAAUAGCACUCCCGCAAAACAACCAAACUGGACAAAUAAACAAGACAACAGAGACUUAGAAACAGCACAAAGUUUAAACCGAAUGGAAUACAUUGUAUAGCAGGUGCUGUCACGCAGAGCUAGUGGCUGCUUUAAAGGGCUCUGAAAUUCUAGUUCUUAAACUGUUGUGUAAUAUUUGAGUCUAAGGCUGUUAUUUACUUAGAAUCCCUAUGUUAAUUUAAGUUUUGACAAGCUGGCUUACACUGGCAAUGAUAGUUGCUGUGGUUGGCUAGAAAUAACGUGUGCUGCAUUUCACAUCUAUGCAAAACUAGUCAAGUGUCCUGACUCCUGAUAUAAAUUUGUGUGCAGCAGAAACAUCAAGGGAAUGUUUCAUAUGAAAUUUCAUAGCCCUGAUCACUUAGUAGCUCUUACUUUCUCUUCAUCCUUUGACAGACGCCACCAUAACCGAAAGAACUGCAUUUUUUUAUUUAUAUUUAUUAAUUUUUUUUAAUUUUUUUAUAGUUUUUAUUGUAAUAAACCAACUAGUUAUGUAUUUGAAAGUGCCUUUGCAGCUUAAAACCACAGCAACUAUCAAAAUUAAGUUUAUUAUUUAUUUUUUUUAUUGUAUUUUUGUGU